GGGCCAAGAACUGAGCCCAGAGGAACUCCUACUAACUGUAUUUAUCCCAUUAUAAACACGAACCUCUAAAACGCUAACUGGGGGUGAAAUAAAAGUAGAAAAAUGUGAAAGUGCAGAAACAUUUGGCCAUCCUUCUUUGACGUUUUAUUGGGUUAUUUCUCCAGUCUACUUCUAACCAGUGAAUGUGGCUAAAAAAUGUCCCUUUGUCCUCCAGCGGGGUCGCUCAGCGCUCAUAACUACUUCCACAGCAAACCGUCAGAGCUCUGCUGCCUUGUGGUCGACUCUGGAUUCUCCUUCACCCACAUCGUCCCUUACUGUCGCAGUAAGAAGCUGAAGGAGGGCAUCCGCAGGGUCAAUGUUGGAGGGAAACUGCUCACCAAUCACCUGAAGGAGAUCAUAUCGUACCGCCAACUGCAUGUGAUGGACGAGACGUAUGUGAUCAACCAGGUGAAAGAAGACGUUUGCUACGUCUCUCAGCAGUUCUACAAGGACAUGGAGAUCGCACAGAUGAAAGGGGAGGAGAACUCGGUGAUGAGGGAUUACGUUCUUCCUGAUUUCAGCGCCAUCAAGAAAGGUUUCUGUAAGCCUCGAGAAGAGAUGGUCCUCAGCGGGAAAUAUAAGACAGGCGAGCAGAUCCUGAGGUUGGUCAACGAGCGCUUCGCCGUUCCUGAGAUGCUCUUCCAUCCAUCAGACAUCGGCAUCCAGGAGAUGGGGAUCCCAGAGGCCAUCGUUGACUCGGUCAGGUCCCUGCCAGAAGAGAUGCACCCCCACCUCUACCAGAACAUCGUCCUGACGGGAGGCAACACGCUGUUUCCUGGCUUUAGAGAGCGACUGGAGGCGGAGCUUCGGUCUCUUGUCCCCGCCCACCUCCCGGUGUCGGUCUUCCUUCCUGACAAUCCGGUCUGUUAUUCCUGGGAAGGAGGGAAGCUGCUGUCUCACAGUCCGGACUACGAUGAGAUGGUGGUGAUGCGGGAGGACUACGAGGAGAACGGACACAUCGUCUGUGAGGAGAAGUUUGACAUCUGAAUUAAAAGGCGUCGGGAAGAGAAACGAACUCUGAGGUUCAGGAG